ACACAAACAGAAGAAUCAGAAGUAACCGCUCAUUUCCGGUGUCUCAAUCAGUCGUGGCGGAUCGAUCGGUUUUCUCCUGAGAGAUGAAAGUAAAAGCCCCAUCACUCUGAAAGCCUGCACUUCUCCUCCUUUAAACGCGCCGCGCAUCCUGAGAGAAGCGAAGACCAGCAUUCAGGAGGAAACUUGGCGCUCUUCUUUAACGCUUCUUUCUCUCCAAUCAUGGAUCUCCGAGGCGAUACCGACGACGACAACGUGGACUGCGAGCGACCGGCGCCCAUUGAAGUUUUCGCGAGCAGGUCCACGCUUCACGGCAUCUCCCACAUGUUCACGUACGAGCGCCUGUGCGUGAAGCGCUGCCUGUGGAUUAUCUUCUUCGCGGGCUCGCUCUCCUUCCUGGUGUUCGUCUGCGCGGACCGCGUGCGCUUCUACCUGCAGUACCCACACGUGACCAAGCUCGACGAGGUCGCGACCCCGUCCAUGACCUUCCCCUCCGUGACCUUCUGCAACCUCAACUCAUUCCGUUUCAGCCGCGUCACGCGCAAUGACCUGUACCACGCGGGAGAGCUGCUCGCGCUGCUCAAUGGCAGAUAUGAGAUUCGUGACACUCACCUGGUGGAGGAAAGCGUUCUGGAGACCCUGAAGGUCAAGGCUGACUUCCUGACCUUUAAACCGCGACCCUUCAACAUGCGCGAGUUCUAUGAUCGAACGGGCCACGACAUCAAGGACAUGCUGCUCUCCUGCUACUACCGUGGAGACAAGUGCAGCGCUGAGGACUUUAAAGUGAUCUUUACUCGAUAUGGCAAAUGCUACACAUUUAACUCUGGCGAUGAUGGACAGCCACUCCGCAUCACCACGAAAGGGGGCAUGGGCAACGGCCUGGAACUAAUGCUGGACAUUCAACAGGACGAGUACCUGCCAGUAUGGGGAGAGACAGAUGAGACGUCUUUUGAAGCUGGCAUCAAAGUGCAGAUCCACACUCAGGAUGAACCGCCUUUCAUUGAUCAGCUGGGAUUCGGAGUGGCGCCAGGCUUUCAGACGUUUGUGUCCUGCCAGGAGCAGAGGUUGACCUACCUGCCCCCUCCAUGGGGCGACUGCAGGUCCGAACCCAUGGACUCAGACUUCUUUACCACCUACAGCAUCACAGCAUGCCGCAUCGACUGUGAGACACGCUACCUGGUAGAGAACUGCAACUGUCGCAUGGUUCACAUGCCCGGAGAUGCUCCAUACUGCACUCCAGAACAGUAUAAGGAGUGUGCAGAUCCAGCUUUGGAUUUCCUGGUGGAGAGAGACAAUGAUUACUGUGUGUGUGAAACACCUUGCAACAUGACACGCUACGGCAAAGAGUUGUCCUUCGUCAAGAUCCCCAGCAAGGCCUCGGCCAAAUACCUGGCCAAGAAGUUCAACAAGACAGAGCAGUACAUUGCGGAUAACAUCUUGGUCCUGGAUAUCUUCUUCGAGGCUUUGAACUAUGAAACUAUUGAGCAGAAAAAGGCCUACGAGCUGCCUGGAUUACUGGGUGAUAUUGGUGGUCAGAUGGGUCUUUUUAUUGGAGCCAGUAUUUUGACAAUUUUGGAGCUCUUUGACUAUCUUUAUGAGGUGAUCAAGUACAAGCUGUGCCGCUGCAGGAAGAAGAACCACAAACGCAGCAACAACAAUGACCGAGGAGCCGUCCUGAGCCUGGACAACGUGCAGUGCCACCCCCCAUGUGAAAACCUUCGCACUCCCUCAACAUAUCCGGCCAACAUCCUACCUCACCAUCCAGGGCAGGGCAAUUUCGAGGACUUCACCUGCUGAGCGAGUGACAGAGGAGCUGAUGGACUCCAGCUUGCAGUGUACAACCAAAGCCGUCUGACUACAUACUGACGAACACACACCCAUCCCGGACAACACCGAACCGAUUUCGGCUGGAUGUUUUAACAUACCGCAUUGUGUAAUGUAAAAUAAAAAACAUAAGAAACAUUAAAACCCUGAAAUACUGUAGUGCUGUUCCACAACACAGCCAUGUGUGUACUUUUCAACAAUUUUGGAACACUGCCUCAAAAGGGAACUCCUUCUUUGACGAAGCCACCGCUCAAAAGGACAGGCUUCCUGUGGGGCGGAGUCCCCUGCCUUUUCUGUAUAUAACAGCGGAUAUAAACCGUCUUAACUGAGUGGCUUAAUUAGAUUGUUAGAAAUAAUAUAGUGCUUAAUCCAUGUAGCAGCAUUCGUGGUGACUGAUGGACUUCAAUGAUGUUUCACUCACGAUUAGUGUGUCUCAUUUAAGAAUGUAUUUUUCCAAAUGACAGCAAAUUAUCAACUGUACGUGGUGAAGAAAGCUGCAUUCGGCAAUCUGUUGUUCCUUCCAGCUCUCAUCUCGUGACUGCAUGCUUGUAUUUGUCUUCCUAUGCAUGUUUUUAGUUUUUUCCUUUUUUUUUACAGUAACCAUUCUUAUUAUUGCCAAGUUUGCCUCAAUUAUAUAAAGGUGUGUG